AUGGGAAAAGGCUCGCACUCUGUCUGGGACGAGCUGUCAAACACGUCAGCAAGCCACCUCCUGAUGGCGCUCAUCAAGGAACAAGGCUGGCCAACCAACGCGCCCGGCAGAGGUCACGCGGAGGGCGACCCAGGCAAAGUCUUAUUCGCCAAGGCUACUCGGUACAAGUGUCGCGACUAUCUCAUCAAGAAGGUUUGA